CUUCAUUCAUACAGAAAUGGCAUUAACCUUUUCCCCUAGUUUUCUUCUUCUCUCUGAUAUUUUCCACUUGUAAUACUGAACCCUUGUAUAAUCCGAAUCUCCUCUUUAUUUUUGUAAUAAGAUAUGGAAGCUGUGUCGCAUCAAGCCACUAGUGUCUGCACUUACUGUUAUCGGGUUGUUCCUGCUGCAAAUAUUGACUUGCAUUAUGCUCAUUGCUCCCGGAACCUUGAAAAAUGCAAAGUAUGUGGUGAUAUGGUUCCCAGAAAAAAUGCAGAGGAUCACUAUUUAAGCACCCAUGCGCCGUUAUGUUCUUGUUCAUUGUGCAAUGAGACAAUGGAGUGUGAUAUUUUAGAUAUCCAUAAAGGUGAAAAUUGCCCUCAAAGGAUAUUCACUUGCGAGUUCUGUGAGUUCCCACUGCCUGCAAUUGAUCUGGCUCAGCAUCAGGAAGUGUGCGGGAAUCGAAAAGAAAUUUCUCACCUUUAUAACAAAUAUGUUAGACUCCGCGAAAGAUACAGCCAUGAAGCUGGGUGCAACGUCAUCCAAGAUAGUACAGUGGGCUCUUCAAGGGACGUGAGGGAAGCUGAAAGAGAGAAUGCAGCAGAAUGACUUCUCAAUUAGACGUCUUCUUUUCACAAUAGCCAUCACGUAUUGCUGUUGUACUUGGAUCUAUUUUUCUAUAGAGGAAGGCAUGGAACAGUGGCCCAAAUGCCACAUGUUCCAAAAAUAAUUUUUCAAAUCUCAUGCGAAGAGUAAAUUUCUUAAAAAUGUCAUACAUGCAAAUUCGUUGUUACAGCAUGUAAUGAGUUUAAUUUGCAAUCAUGACACGUUUAUGGUGAGAACCUAAUUUGUUA